ACAAAAAAUGACUUAAUCCUGGAGAAAAAUAGAAGACCUCCAAAUGAAGAGAAACUGUCCGAUUUUACCACGUCUAAAAGUUAAAUAAAACUAAAGAAUAACAUUUUAAAACUCUUUCUUGAACAAUAAAGAACUGAAAUCUUUUCAUGGUUUUACAUUUUUGGCAAUCCUACAGUUUUAUGUUUUUAAACGAAAACAAGCAGAGGAGGCCUUCAGAGGAAAGAAGGGAGAAGAACGAGAGGGAAAAAAAGAGAGAGAGAGGGUGAAAUGGGCGUGUGUCCCUGCGUCUCUCUACUCUCUUAUUGGCCGCUACGCCCAUCUCUCAUGCAAAAGCGGUGCUCCCAUUGGCUAUCGGAGGCGGGCCCGGCAGGUGUCAGCGUUCUCUUAGAGGCACUGGGCUGUUGGAAGGCCUCCAUUAGCUUCACCAAAAGCUCCGCACACACACUACAACCGUAACCCAUAUACGCGACACUACUCUGCCCCGGGACGAAGAAGGACCCGCCAACGCCGGAGCCCCACCGGAGUCUCUUCCAUAGCUUUUGUCAGCCGACAUGUCGAGUGCUUUUCAAGCCGAAGGAGAGCGACUGUAGGCGGCUUGCGUCCUUUCCUACUUCCCGUUGCUGCAUUUGGAUACUUUGAAUUCAUUUCAUUUGUUGGGAAGGAGAAAGAAAGACAGGAGAUACACAAGCGAGUCGCCUCGGGCCCUCGCGUCCCGCCAAGCUGCAGCAUCCCCGGGGCCGAGCGGCGAGCCAGUGGGCCGAGCUGGGCGGCGCCACAGUGAGCGCCUGUAGCAUGAUGUCCUACCUCAAGCAGCCUCCCUACGCCGUCAACGGCCUGGGGCUGAGCGGAGCCGCCAUGGACCUGCUGCACCCCUCCGUGGGCUACCCGGCGACGCCCAGGAAGCAGCGUCGUGAACGGACGACAUUCACCCGAUCUCAGCUCGACGUCCUGGAGGCUCUGUUUGCCAAGACCCGCUACCCUGACAUCUUCAUGCGGGAGGAGGUGGCUCUCAAAAUCAACCUGCCAGAGUCCCGCGUCCAGGUGUGGUUCAAGAACCGUCGGGCCAAGUGUCGUCAGCAGCAGCAGAGCGGCGGGGGUGCCAAGGCGCGGCCCCCCAAGAAGAAAUCGUCCCCGGCGCGAGAGAGCACGGGUUCGGAGAGCAGCGGUCAGUUCACGCCGCCCGCAGUCUCCAGCACGGGUUCGUCCUCAUCCUCGUCGGCGGCAUCCAAUCACGCGGCGGCGGCGCUGAGCAGCAGCGCGGCUCCGUCCAUCAGCACCGUGUCGUCCAUCUGGAGCCCCGCCAUCUCCCCGGGUAAUGCCCCCGCUCCGGCCGCUGCCCCCUCGGCCGCCCCGCUCCCCGAACCCGGCCCGCCCUCCAACGCCUCCUGCAUGCAGCGCUCCAUGUCGGGAUCGGCCACCGCCGCCACCUCGUACCCGAUCUCCUACAACCAGACGGCGGGCUACGGCCAGGGCUACCCGGCUCCUUCCGGCUCCUACUUUGGGGGCGUGGACUGCGGCUCCUACCUGGCACCCAUGCACUCCCACCACCACCAGCUCAGCCCCAUGGCCGCCUCAUCCAUGUCGGCCCACCCGCACCACCACAUCGGCCAGUCCUCAGGACACCCCCACCACCACCACCCGCACCAUCACCAUCACCCGCAUCAGGCCUACGGAGGCUCCGGACUGGCCUUCAACUCGUCCGACUGCCUGGAUUACAAAGAGCAGACGGCUGCCUCAUCCUGGAAACUCAACUUCAAUGCUUCAGACUGCUUGGACUAUAAAGACCAGACCUCAUGGAGGUUCCAAGUCUUGUGAUAGCCGAGUUUUAUUAUCCCCC